GAAUGCGCAUUUCCCAUUGAUUCCAGGGAGCUACAAUAAGAAAUUAUCCGUGUCUGCAUUAGUGCUCGACCCUUGGGGUCGAAAUUUGAUCCAGAAUGAAGCUCGUUUUUCUACUAUGUUGUGUCACAGCUGCUACGUGCUAUAUACCCCAAGGCAAAGGAAACAUCUUGUCCGGAUUGUUUUUGCGAGAUCUGGUAAAUCGCAUAAACGGUAAACAGAUUGCUGAAGGGGAUGGUAUCUCUUAUUUGGAUUUUACUGAAGGAAUGCCGUUGGAUGGUCGAUCUCUUACUCGAGGAUUGGAAGAAGAGCCUAUGUUUCCAUUGGAUUAUGAUAGCAUCAGAGAAAUGGAUAUACAUCCGAGCAUUAGAGAUCAGGAAUAUUUGAAGCAUAGUACUUUGUGGAGUAAACAGUUUCCCAACGGAGAUAGAGACGAAGCUCAGGGACUUCAACAUGGAGGAAUGAAAACCAAAGAUAGACUGAAAAGUGAAACAACUUUACCAGCUUAUUGCAGUCCCCCCAAUCCGUGUCCCGUUGGAUAUACUGCUACUCAAGGUUGUAUAGAAGAUUUCGAAAAUACGGCUACUUUCAGUAGAAGAUACCAGGCGGCGCAAGAUUGUAUGUGUGACACAGAACAUAUGUUUGAGUGUCCAGAUUCGAACGACAUGGACGAUAAUGAAAAUACGGUUGAUUUAUAUGAUGGUUUCGAAUUGGAACGAAUGUUACAAUCAGUGAAGUUGAAUCAGUUAUUGUCCAAUACAAAUAUGAUCUCAAAAAAGUUUCUACGGAAGAAGGAUCAUCAUAAUCCAUUCCUGAAUGGGGAAAAACUUCCUGUCGCCGCAAAGAAAGGCAAUAACGUAAUAUUAUAAACAAAAUUCAAGUUAUUAGCUUUGAACUAAACUUGAUGACCAAUGAUAAUAACUGACUACGGCUAUGAACUCGGACGAUCCAAAGAACAAUAAAUCUCUCGAUAAAUGUGUUUAAAAAAUUUAGAUAGUAGUUGCUUUCAAUGUAAGAAUUUAAUACAAACAGAAAGGUACCCCUGCUGUUAGAGUUAGAACGAAGGCAAUCCAACAAUUCUCAAGAGAAUGAUGAUACUUUAAAUCAUAACAAUGUUUGACAUAUCAUGACGUCGACCAAGAACAAAAGAAAACAAAUCAACUUAAGUCACGUUCAAGGCCCUAUUGAGGUUGGCCAAUGUUUACAUAUAGCUACGAAGAACUUGCCCUGGUAUGGUUUUCAACGCUAGCUUUUCGGACCUACUUUAUACAUUGGUCAAAAUCAAAACGUAACUUAAGUGGAUUAUUGAACUACUAUGAAUCAAAAUUAUGAUUGUGUCAACAAUUUUUUUCGUUAUAGUGAGGAGGUUUAAUGAUUUUUAGAUGAAAAAAAUCAAAAAUACAAUUUUACUGUAUUAAUUCGUUAAAUUUGAAGUGAUCUAGUAAUAUUUUAUUUUAUAUGAGACAACUUAUACUUAUUGUCAUCAAAGAUGUUGAAUUUUUUUACUCUAUUCAAUUAAUUAUCUUUCCUAUCCAGUAUUCUUCGAGUGUUAAAAUUCAGCUUCAAUAUCUUCAAUAUCGAGUAGCCGAUUUGUGGUUUUGUGUAAAAUAAAUUAUAUACUGUUUUUAAUCAAAUAUUUCAUUGGAAAAAAAAUCAGUGAAAGUUACGAAUUCUUACCAGUAACCAUUUAAAAAUUAUUUAGUAUUUAUUUAAUAUAUA